AUGCGAGCUCAAAUCCGGGAAAAGAAUGACGGAACUCAGCCACUCGAGGCAUGGCAGCGAGUCUCACAGGUCAUCUUUGAGAGGUGGUUGAAGGAAAUCUGUGAGAAAAACCCUUUGAUAGACCUUCGUUAUGGCUGGAAAGUCGAAUCUGUGCAGGAAUUAGGGGACAGAGUGAAAGUCUCAGCACAAAAAGUGGAGAGCAGAGAGCCCGCUUCCAUCAUGGUGGACUACGUUGCUGGCUGCGAUGGAGCCUCAAGCAAUGUCAGACAAUCACUCGAGCUUCCAAUCGACGGUGGUCCGGUCUCUUCGUGUGUGCUCUUGGUGCAUUUCAAAUCUCGAGAUCUCACUCGACUGCACAAGCAAGGCCAGUUCUGGCACAUAUUCUUCUUGCAAGGAGCUGGGCUUUUCUCGGGAGCAGUAAUUGCUCAGGACGAAGUUGACACCUGGACUACGCAUAUGUUCCUUCCACUGGACGCCGACGAAACUCAGCUGGACUCACACGAAGCCAUUUACAGAACCCUUGGCGGUUCGCACCAACCCUAUGAAAUCAAAAUCGACGAGAUUCUUGUUCGCUCGGUGUGGAGACCAAACAUUGCGGUUGCUCGCCAGUGGGCCGGGGCCAGCAAGCGAGUGUUCAUCGCUGGUGAUGCUGCACAUCAACUCAUACCUACCGGUGGCUAUGGAAUGAACACCGGUGUGGGCGAUGCAUACGACCUGGCUUGGAAACUUUCUGCCGUCAUCAAUGGCUAUGCGGGAAAGGGUCUCCUGGAUUCAUACGAGACGGAACGGCGUCCAGUGGCAAUGAGAAACUCUGAGCAUUCAGGUGUCCACAUGACCGCCCAUAUCACGGCUUGCUCGCUGCUUGCAGGAAAUGACUUAGCUGAGGCGAACUCCGACACUGAAACAGGGAAAGAGAUACGUUCCAAAGUACAUGAACACUACCAAAACCAUAUUGGAGAGAACACGGAUCUGGGCAUCGAGAUGGGUUACAGAUAUCAAUCAUCGGUCAUCAUUCCAGAGUCUGAUGGUGCUUCCGAGCCGCCUUGGACUCCGUCUGCAUAUGUGCCCACGACAUGGCCAGGGUCAAGGCCGCCUCAUCUCUUUUUGGAAAAUGGUAAAGCCAUUUUCGAUGAGCUGCACCCUUCAGCAUGGACCUUAGUAACGUUUAACGAUCAGCCCUGCGGUGAAGAGUAUAUCAUUCAAGCUGCACAAAAUUCGAAAGUGCCAAUGAAACAUCUGAACUUGUCAGGAGAAAGCAAAGCAAAAGAGCUGUGGGAGAGAGACUUGGUGUUGAUCCGACCAGAUGAACAUGUUGCCUGGAGAGGACAAUCUGUCAGUUCAUUGGAUGCAGCGAAAAAUAUUUUGGCAACUGUGACAGGAAAUCAUGCACCAAAGGAGGAUUCUAAACCAUCAUCUGCACCCGUCGAUGUAGUUAAGGGACCUAGCAAGGCAUUCACUGCGACCACAGGGUUGGCGACGCAAACCAACACUUUUCACUUCGAGAAAAUCAGUGAGUUUCAGAGGUAG